UCGGAGUCCAGUUUGGUCUAGCGACAGUCAGAAACCGUUCAGAGUACACAAGAGCAGAGCAGCGACUACAACUCCUCCCGACAACUGUGUCACGUCACCCAGAGGACGCCUUCGUCUCCAGACACCAGGACCAGUCCUAAAAGAUCCAAAGACUUUAAGUUCGGGCUCCUCUGGAUUUUGUCGUCAUCGUCCAUUGGGUCUUCUCUCCGUGGAGGCUGGUCCAGCGUUUCAAGCUGGACGGAGGAGAGACGAGUGGGGCCGAGGGCCCCGCCUUCGUGCUGCGACACAGAACUUCAAACCUCAUUGAACGCACGACAGAUGGCACGCCUACAGAUCCCAUGAGCCCACGGGAGAAAGCAGACACGCCCAUUUCAGCUUCUCCAACCAGUCAACUAAACACCACAGAGUGCAGCUCACACAAUGAGAGGGUCACAGAGGGCAACGAGGAGAGAAGAACAAAUGAAAGGGAUGACAGAGGAAGUGAAGGAGAUGAGAAGGAGGAAGAGGAGAAGAGCAGUGAUGAAGGGUUCAUGGGAAUGACGCCGCUGCUGCAAGCUCACCAUGCCAUGGAGAGGAUGGAGGAGUUUGUACACAAGGUGUGGGAGGGCCGGUGGCGCGUCAUACCUCACGACGUGCUCCCCGAUUGGCUGAAGGACAACGACUUCCUGCUUCACGGCCACAGGCCACCGAUGCCUUCGUUCCGCGCCUGCUUCAAGAGCAUCUUCAGAAUCCACACAGAGACGGGAAACAUCUGGACACAUCUGCUAGGCUGUUUGUUUUUCCUCUGUCUGGGUCUGAUGUACAUGUUCAGGCCCAACAUGUCUUUUGUGGCUCCGGUCCAGGAGAAGGUGGUGAUCGGUAUGUUUUUCCUGGGAGCCAUCCUCUGCCUCUCCUUCUCCUGGCUCUUCCACACAGUUUACUGCCACUCUGAGGGUGUCUCCAGAGUCUUCUCCAAGUUGGACUACAGUGGGAUCGCCUUCCUAAUCAUGGGCUCGUUCGUCCCCUGGUUGUACUACUCCUUCUACUGCUCCCCUCAGCCCUGCUUCAUCUACUUGAUAGUGGUAUGCAUACUGGGAUUGUCCGCCAUCACCGUCUCCCAGUGUGACUUCUUUGCCACGCCGCAGUACAGAGGAGUCAGAGCAGGGGUGUUUGUGGGUCUGGGUCUGAGCGGCGUGGUCCCCUCCCUGCACUUUGUCAUCAGCGAGGGUCUCAUCAAAGCGACCACCAUGGGUCAGAUGGGCUGGCUGCUGCUCAUGGCGACGCUCUACAUCACGGGAGCCUGUCUGUACGCCGCUCGCAUCCCCGAGAGGUUCUUCCCUGGCAAGUGUGACAUUUGGUUCCACUCCCACCAGCUGUUCCACAUCUUGGUGGUCGCGGGAGCUUUUGUUCAUUUCCACGGCGUCUCGAACCUGCAGGAGUUUCGCCACAAGGCCGGAGGAGGCUGCACCGAGGACGGCACUCUCUAACGCACACCAACCGAGUCGGUCGUUCACUCGCACACAUUUUACGGGGAUACACUGGUUCUGAUAAUAUGCACAGACACACACACACACACACACACACACACUAAACCUAAGAUACUAACACACGCUCUCCCCUAAACUGAAGACCUAGGUGGGUUGUCUGGUGUCUGCGAGCAUAAUAACACAGGAUGGCUUCCCGAGGGGCUCCAUUAAAACUGACUGACGAGGGGGUGGUGGUGGUGGUGGUGGUGGUGGUUGUUGUUGUUGUUGUCUGUCGAUCUCCACCUCUACUAUAAAUCCACUCCCAAGAUGGUGUGUUUUAUAAAUCAGUUUUUGAGACUCCAGGAAAUAUCUGUUUGUUUGUGAGGAAGGGAAGGUAUUCAAAACCUGCCUUCAAUAAUGCUACAUUUUCUUCUGUGUUGAGUUCUGACAUUGAAGAGUUUAAUAGUUUGAUUUGAAAAGUAAGCAUAAUUGUGGCUUUGAAAAAUACAUUUUGAGGUGUUUUUUUGCUGAUGCUGUUUUCUAAAUCGCACUUAAAAGCAUUAGAAUAUGAUGAAAACAAAAAUAGUUGAGUGGAUUUCUUCCAUGAUUUCAGGGUGAGAUGUCGGGAACUGGGGUGGGCGAGGGGUUAAUAGUCACUUUAAAAAGUAAAAAAAAAGGUUUUCCAUGUAAAUAAGAUUUCUACAUUUUGGGUUAUAGAUUUGUAUGAAAUGAGGAAAAAAAUGUUAUCGUAUGAUAGCAGGAAUAAAUAAACACGUUAGAUGAUGAAUCAACUAAAGACGAGGAAGAGUGUUGCACCUUCACAUUGAGGUGCAAUGGAGAGAAUAAUCCAAUAUGGCUGCAGUUUGUGGGAAGCGCUUCUUGUGAACUGCGUAUUCUGAAUAUGCGAGCAGGAAAUAUAUAUACAGCACAUCUUGUUUCAAACUUCAAAAGUCGCUGGUGUUUUGUCGCCGAUGGGAAGAAACAACUUGAGUCACUUUUCUGACCUAAAAACCUCGAAAUAUAAACGAGGACGACUGCAUUUUCCACUUUUGGUGUUUAACCCGUCGAGCAUCAGAGUUGGAGAACAGAUCUCAAAUCAGAAUAAAACGUUCUCACGUGAACAUUUGUGCUUUAAAACCAAAUCUAAAGUAAAAGAGUCCUCUUGAUAUGUAGCCAUCUUUUUGUAAAUUGUCUGAUAUGUCUAAAGAUAAAAACGGAUUUCCAUGUCACCAAUAUACGUUGAUUCUUUUCUAAGACAUGCCCUGUGCGGAUUUGUUAAAACACAUCAAGCAUAACGUGAAAAUAUUUUUUUAUAACGAGGCCCCAGAGUCAUAUUAAUGAUUUCUUUUGUGUGCAAAACGUUAGUAUAAUUACAGUAGAGAUGCAGUUCAUUGUCGUCCUUUGGAUACUCGUCUGAAAACACGUGUUUUCUUUUUGAUGAUUUGGAUUGCAUUUAAAUUCAUCAACUGCUGUUUUUGGUAUGAUUUUUUUUUUGCAAGCUUUGUUUUCUCUUUUCUACUAUUUAUCUCUAGUUUCUGGUCAUUUAGCCGGAGAUCAUGUGAGGUGAGAGCGAUGAGGCCCGUCUCCUCAGAUCUGACACCGGUAACGACUUUAGGGGCACGUGAACCGCCUCGUAUUUGGAGACCUGGCGAUUAAAACUAGGGGAACCUUUUUCUGGCAAUACCAAAAUCUCGCUCCAGCACAAUGGAAACACACUUAACACAACAAUUCUGAGCUUAUCAUAAACUACGUUUAUGAUUGUUUGAAAUUGAGGUUUGAACGUUUCUAUUUGAUGGCAGCUUUUUCUAAACAGGAGUUUGAACACAAUUUCUCUGUUUCCGUUUUUAUUUGAUUUAGUUUAUUAAUUUAUUUCUUGGUGAGCGAACAUUGUCUGUUGAAGCACACGGUCCAUUAUGAUGGGAUGAGUGUUUCAUUGAAAUAGACCUUUAUAUCUGCUGUAUUGUUCUAAUAAAAAGGUUUUUUAAAUCGGC